AUGUGCAAAGUGAUUGUAGGCGAUGUUGUACGCGAGGAUAGUUGUGCCAAUGCUAAAGUAAAUGUUGGCAACAACAAUGCCGCAACUAUAACAAUUUCAGCCAACAAUUGUCUGACAAAUGUACCGCAACAGAUGCUGCAAAUUUCAUUCAUUAUCAAUGUGGCUUCGUACUGUGUUUCUGGUGCUAUUUUGGACAACAUUUUUCCAACAAUAAUGCAGGAAUUUUAUAAGUUCGCACCCACUGAACAAGGUUAUCGUUUCAGCCUAGAUGAGCCUAAUGGCAGUAAACGUGAUGAAAUGGGUAUAAUAUUAAAUCCUGGCACACCCGAACAGCAACUGGUAGUCAUGGGUACUUAUACGGUAUACGAUGAGAAAACAGAUAUCGAGACAAUAACUAUGUAUACGGCAGAUAAGGAUGGUUAUAGGACGCGUUAUAAGAUUAAAAAUCGGAAGUUAAGUGCCAAUGUUUUAAAAUCCGCUGCUGGUUAAUUAAAGUUAAAGAAUUGCUUUCAUGGUCAUUGAAUUCUUUUUAUUAGACCAGCAUUUUUUAUAUCAAUUAGUUUGUAAAUCAAGAGGAAGAAAAAUUCAAGCAUAAAUUUAAGAAAAGCAAACUUACCUGAAAUUAAAAUUUAAUUUAUUAAAAAUUAAAGA